GGCUGACGGUGCUGGAGCCGGAGUCCCCCAACAUCAUGUUCGUCGAAGGCUACACCAGCCGCGGCUUCACCAUCAGCGGGACCCUGGUAGUGGGGCCCUGUGCCAUCCUACCCCGCGCCAUCCUGCAGUGGAACGUUGGCUCCUACAAGGAUGUCUCGCAUGAGAGCCUGUCGCUAUUCCGGCUACUGGAGCCCCACAUAGAGAUCCUGGUGCUGGGCACAGGAGACAGAGUGGAGCAGCUCCAUCCUGCCAUGCUGAAGGAGAUGCGGGAUUGUGGGAUCGCUGUGGAGGUGCAGGACACGCCAAAUGCAUGUGCAACGUUCAACUUCCUAACGAGUGAAAAGCGCAUGGUAGCUGCUGGGCUCAUUCCCCCAAGGGGCACCUAUGCAGGGGUGUAGGUGUUGUGUGCAGCAGCUGCAGGCUGAAUGAGCAGCAAUUCUCUCGCCUGCCUGAAGCCCCUGAGUGUCACUGCUCUUGGAGAAACACUUUGGGCUAAACUGUCAGAGCUGCUGGCUGGGUCGUGGCUCUGCACACAGGAGGGUGUUACGAAGUGUGUGGGCUUGGCUCUGCCUCAGAGUCCCUGGUUUUUCGGCCUCCUUGCCCCAGUGCAAGACACAUAGCAUGAGCAUGAGCGUUGCUGGCAGCACCUGUAGCCUUUCCUUUCUGCCAAGGUGGUGGCUGGUGCCUUCGCAGCAAGAAGUCGUUGCCCCAAGGCAGGGUGCAGGCAGAUGGGGUGAGCUCCACACCCCUGGGCACAUUGGGACACCACAAGGAAAAUACAUGCAGA